GCGGAGUGGACCAGUCUCUUCUGUUUGUGUGCACCGAUCCCUGAUCAGACAUUCAGAGAGAAACAAUAUCAUUAAACAUGGAUACGGGAGAAGGGGAAGAUGAAAUUCAGUUUCUGCGAACAAGGGACGAGCUGGUAUUGAGGUGUUGUUUAUCCGGCCCUUAUCAGCAAAAACUCUGUUUAGCUGCAGAGGGUUUCGGCAACCGGUUGUGUUUUCUAGAGUCCACCUCCAACUCAAAGAAUGUUCCAGCAGACCUUUCCGUGUGCGUGUUUGUUCUUGACCAGUGUCUGUCAGUCCGAGCACUACAGGAGAUGCUGGCCAACCGUGAAGACCUGCGAGCUGGGUCACCUGAAGCAGGUGGGCGUCGCACUCUGCUCUACGGUCAGGCGGUGCUGUUUCGACAUGCCUACAGCGAUAUGUACCUGUGCUGUCUGUCCACAUCCGGGCUCUCGUCUGACAAACUGGCUUUUGAUGUUGGUUUGCAGGUUGAUACAACUGGUGAGGUGUGCUGGUGGACGGUUCACCCCGCCUCCAAGCAGAGAUCAGAGGGUGAGAAGGUCAGAGUGGGAGAUGACCUCAUCCUAGUUAGCGUUUCUUCUGAGCGAUACCUACAUGUGUCAUGGAGAAGCAGUGAGAAUAACGACUGCGACAUUGGACGGGUAGAUGCUGCCUUCCAGCAAACUUUGUGGAGCGUAGCCCCUGUAUCCUCUGGAUCGGCAGAAACACAAGGUCAUUUGAGAGGAGGUGACACUGUACGUCUGCUACAUGGACACACAAAUGAGUGUUUGACCAUUUCUGCGGCUGGACACAGAAAGGAGGAGCACAGAUCUGUUCAUUUUGAAGAAGGGUUGGUGUCACUUCAGGCUCGGUCUUUAUGGAGGCUUGAGACGUUACAUGUUGCUUGGAGUGGUAGCCACAUCCACUGGGGUCAACCGUUCCGUCUUCAGCACCUCACUACCGGAUCAUACCUGGGACUGACUCACGAUUAUGGACUGCAGCUGGUGGAGAGGGAGAGAGGUGAUGUUAAAAGUAGCGCGUUCUGUCUACGUGCAUCAAAGGAAGAUAGCCAUGAGAGAUCGGAUUUGGUUGAGAGGAGAGAUGGUAUGGGUGCCCCUGAGAUCAGAUACGGAGACUCUUUAUGUUAUGUCCAGCAUGUGGACACUGGGCUUUGGCUCACAUAUCAGACCAGUAACCCUGGGAGACAGAAGGAAAGUAGACAGGCCGUUUUGCAAGCAGAAGGUCAUAUGGAUGAUGGACUCACCCUCUCUCGCUCUCAGAGGGAGGAGUCACAUGCUGCUUGUUUAAUUCGAAGCUCCGUUCUUCUUUUCUCACAGUUCAUAAGGGGGCUAGAUGAUGUCAGCCAGAAAGAAAACAUCCCUAACUUGGAUCUUCCUAUUGAGAGGGUCUGUCUGACCCUCCAGGAUUUGAUUGGUUAUUUUCAGUCACCUGAAAAGGGGCAGGGUCAUGAGGUCAGACAGGGAGAUAUAAGAGCACUGAAGAACAGACAAAACCUCUUCCAAGAUGAGGAUGUUAUCUUACUGGUUCUGGACUGCAUUGAUCACAUGCAUUUCUAUAACAGUGCAGUCCAUUUUGCAGAGGCUGCUGGGAAAGAUGCAGGAGAAUUUUGGGAAAUAGUCUUGAACAAUUUUUAUGAGCUGCUAGCUGCCCUGAUUAGAGGUAAUCGGAAAAAUUGUGCCCAAUUUUCUGGAUCUCUGGACUGGCUAGUUAGGAGACUUGAGAAACUGGAGGCUUCUGCUGGUAUUUUGGAAGUGCUACAUUGUGUCCUAGUAGAAAGUCCGGAAGCAUUAAAUGUUAUUAAAGAAGAGCACAUCAAAUCUAUUAUCUCACUCCUGGAUAAACACGGAAGGAACCAUAAGAUCCUGGAUGUGUUGUGUUCGCUCUGUGUGUGUCAUGGCAUGGCCAUACGCUCUAACCAGCAUUUAAUCUGUGACACACUGCUGUCAGAGAGAGACCUGCUUCUACAGACAAAACUAGUUAACAAAGUUAUCAGUGUACGUCCAAACGUCUUCCUGUGUGCAAGUGAUGACUGCGCCCAGUACAGGAAGUGGUAUUAUGAGGUGGUAGUCGAGAAGGCAGAGCAUUUUGUGACCGCUGAGCCUACUCACCUGCGAGUGGGUUGGGCCAGUACUGAGGGCUACUGUCCCUCCCCCACAGGGGGUCACGGCUGGGGGUCAAAUGGUGUUGGAGAUGACCUGUGUUCCUAUGGCUUUGAUGGCCUUCACCUGUGGACAGGAAAUGUGGGUCGAAGAGUCAGCUCACCCAAUCAGCAUUUGUUGAGGGAGGAUGAUGUUGUUAGUUGCUGCCUUGACCUCAGUGCGAGGUGCAUCUCUUUCCGGGUCAAUGGGCAACCAGUUCAGGGCAUGCUGGAAAACUUCAGUGUAGAUGGGCUUCUGUUUCCUGUAGUCAGCUUCUCAGCUGGAGUGCAGGUUCGCAUGCUGUUUGGAAGGCGGCAGGGUGACUUUAAGUUUCUGCCUCCUGCCGGUUUCUCUCCAUGUGCAGAAGCUCUCCUCCCUAAAACACACUUUAGAUUGGAAUUGUGCCAUGAUGUCACCCAAGAUUAUACUGGAAGCCAGCGUAACCUUUUAGGGCCUGUUCUACCUGUCACACCGGUGACUUUUACCCCCUUUCCAGUGGAUACCAGCAAGGUUGAAUAUCCUCCACAGAUGGAGCAGAUCAGAGAGAGGUUAGCAGAAAACCUUCAUGAACUCUGGCUCAUUGACAGAAUAGAGCAGGGCUGGACCUAUGGACCCGUCAAAGAUGAGGGCAAAAAAGUACAUCCGUGCCUAGUUGAGUUUUUCAAACUUCCAGAUCAGGAAAGAAUUCACAAUCUUCAGUCAUCAGAGGACAUUCUCAGCACAAUUCUGGCUCUUGGUGUGCACAUUGGACUAUCUGACGAUUACACUGAGGAGAAUGUGAAAUAUGUUCGACUUUCAAAUAAGUACGAGCUAUGUAAUGGGUAUAAACCUGCACCUGUGGAUCAGUCUCGGGUUGUUCUAACAGCUGCUCAGGAAGAGUUAGUGGAUAAGCUGGCAGAGAAUGAACACAACAUCUGGGCCAGAGAUCUGAUCAGACAGGGCUGGAGCUAUGGACCGCAGCAGGAUGUGAAGUGUAAGAGAAGUACACAGUUGGUACCAUUCAACCUCUUGGAUAAAAACAGCAAGCAGGCUGUUAGAGGGGCCAUGAGGGACGCCCUGGGAACCCUGCUUGGAUUUGGAUAUACUGUGGAACCACUGGAGCAAGAAUAUGCUUCAAAAAGCAACAUAAAAUCCCUGAAUGUGGAGAGAUUUCGUAUUUUCCGCGUGGAGAAAGACUUUGCGGUACAUAGUGGGAAAUGGUACUUUGAGUUUGAGGCCGUAACUGAUGGAGAUAUGAGAGUGGGCUGGGCACGACCUGGAUGUAAACCAGAUGUGGAUCUUGGGUCAGAUGAUCAGGCCUUUGUUUUUGGCUCUAAGGGCCAGUGGUGGCACGGUGGUGCGGAGCGAUUGGGUGGUCUCUGGAAGAAGGGUGAUGUGAUUGGUUGUUUGUUGGACUUAACGAGAUGCACUAUAAUGAUCACUCUCAAUGGAGAGCUUCUGCUAAAUUCUUGUGGUUCUGAACUGGCUGCAAAACACUUGAAUAAGUCUGAUGGAUUCCUCCCUGUUUGUAGUAUUGGGGUAAACCAGGUGGGCCGUCUAAAUUUGGGCCAUCAGGUUGACUCGCUGAGAUACUUCAGUGUGUGUGGCCUACAAGAGGGAUACCAGCCCUUUGGUCUGAACAUGAGCAAAGAUCUUCCUCUGUGGAUGAGCUGGAUAGAUCCCUUGUUCAUUCCAGUACCUGAUGACCAUCCUAAUGUACAGGUGAUUCGUUUUGAUGGAUCAGUAGACCACACUCCACGUCUAAAAGUCACACAGAUGUUUUCUGGUCGGCAUGACAGCGGCACAAGCGAUGUUGGGUUUUACCGUCUGAGCAUGCCGAUAGAGUGUGCGCAGGUCUUCUCCAGCCCCGGCGAAGUCAAUGCAGCGGCCAGCUCCCAUCCCAGAGAGCCAGAGGAUGGGGAGGCGGAUUCUGAUUUUGAGAUCCUAAUGAACGCUCACAGAUACGCCGGAUCUCGAGAUGAACUUAACAAUCAUAAAGACCACACUCAGGAAAAGCCAUCCAAACUUCGACAGCGGUUUCUACUGAGGAAGAAAGCGGAUUUAAACACUAGUCAUUCGUCAGCACGUCUGUUGGAGGAAGUUCUGGCUAUCGAGAACGAAGACAACCGCCUGGUCCACAGCACUACAUAUUACUACUCGGUGAGAAUCUCUCACAUUCAGGACCCUUCUUACAUCUGGGUGGGAUGGGUGACUUCAAAUUUCCAGCAUCAUGAUGUGACCUUUGACCUGGACAGAAUUUGCACCGUCACAGUUACUCUUGGGGAUGAAUGGGGCAAAGUUCUUGAGAGUGUCAAGCGUAGUAGCUGUUACGUGGUAUGUGCAGCAGAGGGCAGCAGUCUCUGCCACAGCCGUAGCAGCACUGAUCUGGAGAUUGGCUGUCUGGUCAACACGGCAACAGGGCUCCUAACAUUCAUGGCCAAUGGCAAGGAACUGGGAUCAUACUACCAGGUGGAGCCUGGAACCAAGCUCUUCCCUGCAGUUUUUGCUAAAGCUACUGCCCCUAGUGUCUUCCAGUUUGAGCUGGGUUGUAUUAAGAAUGUGAUGCCACUGUCGGCGGGUGUUUUUCGGAGUGAAAGGAGAAAUGCAGAGCCUCGGUGUCCCCCCAGGCUACGCGUUCAGUACCUGACACCUGUGCGAUGGACCCGGGUACCUGAGCACGCUCAGCCUGUGGAGAUGACCUGCCUGGAGGAGAGAUACGGCUUGAGAGCUUGUUACACUCAGAUCCAACAGGUCAUGACUUUGCACAUCCCUGAGGACAACAGGUGUGUGGACAUUUUGGAACUGUCUGAGCUUAAUGACCUUCUAAAAUUCCACCAUCACACUCUUCGCCUUUACUCUGCCCUGUCAGCCCACGGAAACACACAAGUGAGCCACGCCCUCUGCAGCCACGUGGACCAAUCACAACUCUUGUUUGCCUUACAGUGUUCUAGAAUGCAAGGUCACCUGCGGACAGGUUACUUCAAUCUCCUUAUCAGUAUCCACCUCGAUGCCUACGCAAGCGCCAGGCAGGCCAUGAAUCACGAAUACAUUGUGCCUUUGACCGAAACCGUGCAGUCUGUUACGCUCUACAAAGACGAAAGAAAAGCGCAACGAUUUCCAGGAACAGACCUCAGUACUUCCUUAUGGCCGAGAAUGCAGUUUUCGUCACCUUGUUUCAUCAGGGCUGACAGAACAGGUUUGAUGGACAGCGGUGAGGGCGGAGCUUCUUGGAGUAAAUUGUGCCAAGACAGCCCUGAGUUUCCAUUGGAUGUUUUGAAAGCUGUUGUCAUAGCAAUGCUGAAGGAGGCAGUGAAGGCAGUAUUCCAAUCUGUUAGGGAUCCUGCAGGGGGCAGCGUUGAGCUCCUGCUGGUUCCUCUGCUCAGUUUACUGCACACACUUCUGCUGAUGGGUGUGUAUCAGGGGAAAGACCUGGAAGAUGUUUUUAAUCUCAUCCUGCCUGUCAGUUACAUGAGAGGGAUGUGCAAAGUGGAAGAUAUGGAUGAACUAGAAGAAAGUGAUGGAGGAAGAGGGGAACAGGAGGUUGGAGGAUGGGACGGUAAUGUUUCUCAUCAAAGUCUUCUUCAGAUGAAGCUUCCAGAAGCAGUCAAGUUACAAGUUUGCCACCUCCUGCAAUACCUGUGUGACUGUCAAGUACGUCACAGAGUAGAGGCUGUAGUGGCAUUCUCAGGUGAAUUCGUAGAACGUCUCCAAGAAAACCAGCGCUUCCGGUACAAUGAGGUCAUGGAUGCCCUUAACAUGUCUGCUGCGCUAACAGCACGCAAGACUAAAGAGUUUCGUUCACCCCCUCAGGAACAGAUCAACACGAUGUUGGAUUUCCGAGAGGAUGGUCAAGAAUGUCCAUGCCCUGAAGAGAUCCAAGAUCUCCUGUGGGAAUUUCAUCAGGACCUAAUGAAUCACUGUGGAGUUGAGACGGAUAAUGAUUCCAGGGAUGCGGCUGGGAGUGACGUGCCAGUUAGGAAUCGCCUCCAAGGCCUGGUGGAUAAAAUAAAUAAUUUUAAGAGGCGAAUGUCAGGUCUAAAUGAAGAGAUUGUGACCAAACCUGUCUCUUUGAAGCAGCUGAUAUCAGAAACCAUGCUAGAUUGGGCCCAGGAGAAGACCAUAGAAGAUCCAGUUUUGGUGCGUGCUGUAUUCAACCUGCUUCACCAACAGUAUACUGGGUUGGGCGGACAACUGUCUGAACCUCUACAGAAAGCAUAUUGUAUCGGCCAGAACUCUGUGGAGGACACUGUCAACCUCCAGUGGGCGCUAGCACGCAUCCGUUCAUUGCUCAAAGCUCGGAUGGGUAAAGAAGAAGAGGAGCUCAUGAUUAAAGGUUUAGGUGACAUCAUGAACAAUAAAGUUUUCUAUCAGCACCCUAAUCUGAUGAAAGCUCUAGGGAUGCAUGAAACGGUCAUGGAGGUGAUGGUGAAUGUCCUUGGUGCUAGAGAAUCGAAGGAAAUCAUGUUUCCCAAUAUGGUUGCACAUUGUUGUCGCUUCUUGUGUUACUUCUGUCGAAUAAGUCGCCAUAACCAGAAGGCCAUGUUUGAUCAUCUCAGCUACCUGCUGGAUAACAGCAAUGUUGGUCUCGCUUGUCCUUCAAUGAGAGGUUCGACUCCGCUGGAUGUGGCGGCCGCUUCCGCCAUGGACAACAAUCAGCUGGCGCUUGCUCUUACAGAACCAGAUCUGGAGAAAGUGGUGCGGUAUUUAGGAGCCUGUGGGUUGCAUAGCUGUGCUUUGUUGGUCUCUAAGGGCUACCCAGAUAUUGGUUGGAAUCCUGUAGAAGGAGAACGAUACCUGGACUUUCUGCGAUUUGCAGUAUUUUGUAAUGGUGAGAGCGUGGAGGAGAACGCCUAUGUUGUAGUGAGGCUUCUGAUUCGCCGGCCCGAGUGCUUUGGCCCUGCCCUGCAGGGGGAGGGAGGACACGGUCUCCUAGCAACGAUGGAGGAAGCCAUAAAAAUUUCUGACCAGCAAGAUGGAAUAAGUACACACAGUUCCAACAAAACUCUUGACACACUUGAUGAUGAAGAUGAUGAUGUCAUUCACAUGGGCCAUGCCAUAAUGACUUUCUACUCCGCUUUGAUCGAUCUGUUGGCUCGUUGUGCCCCUGAGACAUAUCUCAUAGAAGCGGGGAAAGGUGAGGCUAUCCGGAUCAGGGCAAUCUUGAGGUCCCUGAUUCCCAGAGACGAUGUUGAGGGAGUCAUCAAUAUUCCUUUCAAGCUGCCACAUGUGAACGCAAACGGGCUGUUGAUUGAGCCAGACAUGUCUCGGAUAUUUUGUCCGGAUCACAAAGCGGCCAUGGUUAUGUUUUUGGACCGGGUCUAUGGAGUUCUGGACCAACAGUUCUUGCUUCGUCUGUUGGAGUGUGGUUUCCUGCCUGACCUGCAAGCGGCUGUUAAUAUGGACACCAUGGGAUUGGGUUGUACAGAUAUGGCACUGGCCCUCAAUCGAUACAUAUGUGCGGCCGUACUGCCGCUGCUGAGUAAGUACUCCUCUCUGCUGUGUGAUUCUUCAUCGCUGAAGACCGGGCCGGUCGAUGAGCUCCUGCACGGGGUGUACGGUCUCUCCAAAGCCAGUGCACUGACCAAGGCACAGAGAGAUUCUAUUCAGGACUGUUUGCUGGCUGUGUGCGGAAAGCUAAAGCCCUCUUUGUUGCAGUCCCUGCUGCAUAAGCUUGUGUGUGAUGUUCCUCAGCUGUCAGAAAAUUCCAAGAUGCCAUUAAAGCUGUUGAGCAGUCACUAUGAGCAGAACAGGAGCUAUUAUUGUCAGAACGGAGGUUGUUGUGGAUUUGAUUGUGCUUCAGAAGAAGAGCUUUAUUUGACUAGAAGGCUGUUUUGGGGUAUAUUUAGUGCUCUUGCUACAAAGUCUUACGAUGCAGACCUGUUCAAGCUGGCUCUUGGUAGUCUCGGUGCGCUUGCUGGUGCGAUCCCUCCUGACCAUCUUGACCCGAGCUGCACGGGCAGGGCAGAGAGACACUUGGCGAUGGAAACAGAGAGACGGUUUUGUCCUCAGCCAUUGGACACAUCAAAUGUGACUAUCCAAGACGGGCUCGAGUUUGUGGUGAACAAAUAUGCAGAACACACACAUGAGAGAUGGUCACUGGACAAAUUUGAUAAUGGUUGGGUCCACGGAGAACAACUUUCAGAGACCUCUAAAGUUCACCCACUCCUGAAACCUUACAGAGCUCUAUCUGAGAAGGAUAAAGAAGGUUAUAGAAGUGCCAUUAAAGAGACGCUGAAAUGCAUGUUGGUCUUGGGCUGCACAAUUGAAAGAACUAAAGAGGGAGAGCUGCAAGGCUUUCACAACCCUGCUAGGAGAAUCUCACAAUCUGGUCAGUUGUGUUUUGAAGGAGCCUCUACAUUCAGUCCUAAGCCUGUGGACACCAGCAGUGUCACUCUGACCUGGGAUCAGUAUGUCAUGGCAGAGCAGCUGGCUGAGAAUUAUCAUCAUAUCUGGGCUGUGAAGAAACUGCAGGAACUGGAGAAUAAAGGAGGGGGCAGUCACCCACUGCUCGUUCCAUACGAUGCUCUGAACUUGAAAGAUAAGAGCCGACUAAGAGACAAAGCUCAAGAUGUUCUCAAGUUCUUCCACAUCAAUGGGUUCUUGGUGAGGAGGAGCAGAAAGGUGGCAGAUGUUGACUCUCCGAAGAUCUCAAGCCGCUUUGCUUAUGGUCUGCUCCAGCAAGCCCUGUGUCUCACGGAGCAAGCCCACCAGCGUUUACUGGAAUUGGAUGUUGCACAGGCCCGAGAGCAGAAUAAUAGGACUGAGAAAAUAUCCCACGAAGAACUAAUUUUCUUCAUUAAGAUUGUAUUGCCACUGGUAGAUCAAUACUUAAAAAAUCACUAUGUCUACUUCUCCACUGUCAUGACUUCUCUGAAAGACAGUUGCCAAGCCUCCAACAAGGAAAAAGAGAUGGUCACCAGUUUAUUCUGUAAACUUGGAGCUCUAGCCAGACGCAGAAUCUCUCUGUUUGGAAAUGAUGCCCUUGCCGUGGUAAACUGCCUACAAAUCCUGGCACAGUCCCUGGACAGCAGGAUGAUAAUGAAAACCGCUAGCGAAUCCGUCAGGACGUCACUGUGGUCGUUUUUCGAAGCAGCUACCGAGGAUCUAGAGGUAACGGUGGAAAAUGUGACCCAGGAUGAGUACGGGCUAAACCGAGCCCUGAGCAUGAUGGACAGUGAGGUCGUGACAUACACCACCAGCACCCUCAUCCCAGUGCUGACCGCUCUCUUCCAGCAAGACUUUCACAGGCGGCAUGAAGGAGGACUGAUCGUGGAUGAAGUGCAGACCUAUUGUUACAGGAUCAUCAGUUGUCUCUACAUUCUUGGCACCUCCGAUGGUACCUUCAUCGAGAGGCAGAGGUCUGUCCUUGGGGAGUGUCUGGCUGCAUUAUCUGCAGCGUUUCCCGUGUGUUUCUUGGAACUGGAUGACCUCCGUUCCAUCUCUGACAUUACGACUAAUGAAGAAAAUGACGCCGAGAGAGCCUGUAGGCUCCUUCCCUCAUUGCAGGAAGCUUUCUCAGAGGUGGAAGAGCUGGCUGGAGCAGGGCCAGCUGCCCGCCACGCCCUUUUAACAAGAGUUACGGAGGUGACACUUCCUCUAUUAUGUAGCUAUAUUUCUCGAUGGGGAGAGGCUGAAAACCAUUCAUCCGAGGAUGGCUACUGUUCUUCUGUCACCCCAAAACACUCUAAUGCCCUAUUGGGUCAUAUCCUUUCCACCAUCAACGCCCACCUCGGGACGGCAGAUGGUGCUUGGAUGAAACGACUUGCAGUUUUUGGCCAGACAAUCAUCAGCAAGGCAGAGGAAUACCUCUUAAAGAGUCACUUCCUACCUCUGAUGGAAAAGCUGAGGAAGAGGGUGGAGUCAGUGCUUCUGGAGGAGGAGCAUUUGAAGACAGAGGGACGUGUUGAUGUCUCGGAGCAAGAGUUAGAGAUCCAGGAAAGGUUUACAGUGUUGGUGCAAGAUAUCUACGCAUUUUACCCAUUACUGAUUCCAUUUAUAGACCUUCACAGAGUGAGAUGGCUGAGAGAGGUGAACGCAGAUGCUGAGAAGCUUUUCUGCCUGGUAGCUGAAGUCUUCUUUUUCUGGGCUAAAUCUCAUAACUUCAAAUGGGAGGAACAGAACUUCGUUGUUCAAAAUGAAAUUAACAACAUGACAUUUUUGAUGAACGGCAGCAAAACUCGCAUGGAUAAGGGAGGCGUGAGUGAGCAGGAGAGGAGUAAGGUAAAGAGGAAGGGCGAUCGAUAUUCGGCACACACCUCUCUCAUUGUGGCCGCACCGAAAAAACUUCUCUCGGUUGCCCUGAAUGGAUGUUGCCAUGACGAUCAGGGCCUAGUCGCCCUGGCCAAAAGCCGUUUCUCACAGAGAGACACAGAGGAUGAGGUCAGGGAGUACAUUCGAAACAGCCUGCAACCGGAUCUGUGUGAAAACAUGGCAGAUCCUGUCAGUGCUGAGAGGGUUUUAACCAUCGCUCGUGUCCUUUACCACCUCGAUCAGGUGGAACACCCUCAAAAGAUGAAGAGGGCUGUUUGGCAUAAGAUGCUGUCCAAACAGAGGAAGCGGGCUAUAGUGGCGUGCUUGAGAAUGGCUCCUUUGUACAAUCUGCCCAGGCACAAAGCGGGAAACCUCUUCCUUCAGGGAUACGAGCGAGUCUGGCUAAAGAACGCAUGUGGCUCACCUGAGGAUAGACUGAUUGAAGAUUUAGCAAAAGCAGCUCGUGUAGAGAUUGUAAAAGAGGGAACGAAGCAAAGCAAAAUGAUUGAUCCGCUCAGUCAGCUUAUCAAUCUCUACAGACGAAGUGCAUUGACUGAGAGGAGGAAACUAGAAGAGGAUGGUCUGUACAUAUGCUAUGGCAACAUCAUGGCCCAGAGUUGCCACAGCGAGGAAGACCAGGACGAAGAUGGGCUGAAAACAUUUGAGGAAAAAGAGAUUGAGAAGCAGAGGCUGUUGUUUCAGCAGGCACGACUACAUGAACGAGGAGCUGCCGAGAUGGUCUUACAGAACCUCAGCGCCAGCAGAGGUGAAAUGGGACCCAUGGUGGCAGCCACGUUGAAGCUUGGCAUCGCAUUAUUAAAUGGAGGAAAUACUUUGGUCCAGCAAAAGAUGCUGGUUUACCUGAGGCAGAAGCGAGAUGUGGCUUUCUUUCAUAGUCUGGUCGGCCUGAUGCAGUCUUGCAGUGUGCUGGAUUUGAAUGCCUUUGAGAGGCAGAUCAAAGCCGAGAGUUUAGGAGUGGGUGCCGAAGACAAUUCGGGUGAUAGGGUAAUGACAGAUGAACAGCUGACAUGCGACCUUUUCCGUUUCCUUCAGCUUCUUUGUGAGGGCCACAACACAGAUUUUCAGAAUUAUCUGAGGACUCAAACUGGAAACAACACAACAGUCAACAUCAUCAUCUCUACUGUGGAUUACUUACUCCGUAUCCAGGAGUCCAUCAGCGAUUUCUACUGGUAUUAUUCAGGGAAGGAUGUGAUUGAUGAACGUGGUCAGCAUAACUUCUCCAAAGCCAUCAGCGUGGCCAAGCAGGUGUUCAACACACUCACUGAAUACAUUCAGGGACCAUGUACUGGUAACCAGCAAAGUCUGGCCCACAGUCGUCUGUGGGAUGCUGUAGUGGGCUUCCUCCAUGUGUUUGCUCACCUGCAGAUGAAGCUUUCUCAGGAUUCCAGUCAGAUAGAGCUGCUGAAGGCUUUGAUGGACUUACAAAAAGACAUGGUGGUGAUGCUGCUUUCCAUGCUUGAAGGAAAUGUGGUAAAUGGGACCAUUGGCAAACAGAUGGUGGACAUGCUGGUCGAAUCAUCCAGCAAUGUCGAGAUGAUCCUCAAGUUCUUUGAUAUGUUCCUCAAACUCAAAGACCUCACGUCUUCUGAUGCUUUCAAAGAAUAUGACCCGGAUGGCAAAGGACUCAUUUCUAGAAAGGACUUCCAGCGAGCCAUGGAAAGCUUCAAGCGUUAUUCCCAGUCAGAGAUGGGCUUUCUGCUGUCCUGCGCAGAGACAGCAGAAAGCGAGUUUUUGGAUUACCAGGAGUUUGUGACGCGUUUUCAUGAACCUGCCAAAGAUAUCGGCUUCAACGUGGCCGUUCUUCUGACUAAUCUUUCCGAGCAUAUGCCCAAUGAUGCCCGCUUGCAAAAUUUUCUGGAGCUGGCAGACAGCGUGCUUAAGUAUUUCCAAUCUCACCUGGGAAGAAUCGAAAUCCUGGGUAGCGGGAAACGGAUCGAGAGGGUGUACUUUGAGAUCAGCGAAUCCAGCCGCACACAGUGGGAGAAACCACAGGUGAAAGAGAGCAAACGGCAGUUCAUCUUUGAUGUUGUAAAUAGUGGAGGAGGGAAGGAAAAGAUGGAACUAUUUGUCAACUUCUGCGAAGAUACCAUCUUUGAAAUGCAGCUGGCUGCGCAGAUCUCAGGUUCAGAGUGUGGAGAGGAACCGAAAUCAAAAGAUGAAGAGAAAGAAAAGGCCGAAAGCAUUUCAGAAGACAGCAUGUCCCAAGAUUCACAACGUCUCCCUGUGAUGAAUCUUCUCUCUGUACGUAACAUCCGUAAGCACAUAAAGGAAAUAUCCAUCAAGAGUGUCUUCUCAGCAAUAUUCUCUAUCUUCCGAACGGUUCUUCUGCUUCUCACACGUGGUGUUUUGGGUGUGGUUUGGUUUAACCUCUAUCUGCUCUACCACAUCUUCUUGAGCGGAUGGAUCAUUGACGUGGCGAAAGAGAUGAAACUAGCUGACAUUUUGGGUGACCUUCGGGAUCCUACCAUGGUUGAGGUCACAGAGGAUGGAGAAGAAGCCGUCAGAGAAAACCACAGUUACACGCGUGCAUUUUCAUCUCAGGGUAAUCUUCAAGGCAUGAGUCUGGAUCUGUCUGCGGUGUCAAACGACCCUCAGCUCCUCACGGAUAUUUUCGGUUUGUGUCUGAAGAAGAAGGGAGGGAAGUAUGCGUUGUUUAGUGGGGACCAACAAGCCGGCCUGGAUGAACUUCUACACAUGUCUCAAUUUCAGGUGGAAAUCACUGAGGAGGAUUUUCGACAGGUGCCAGAAGAAAAGGCUUCAGAGGAUGAGAGAACUAUUGGAAAAGAAGUCGAGAAGAUAGAAAAGAAGACUAAAGGGAGAAUUAGAAAGCUUGGCUCUUCUAAACCUGAGGAAACUGAAGUCCAAAAAUCGUUCAUUUGGAAAACAGUCUGCUGUCAGAAGACCAAACUGCUGAACUGCUUUGCAAGAAAUUUCUACAACAUGAGAUUGUUGGCCCUGUGCUUUGCUUUUGCCAUCAAUUUUAUUCUGCUGUUCUACAAGGUUUCAGCAACCGUUAAAGGCGACGACGAUGAUGAUCUGGAGAUCGCUGUGUGUGAUUCCAACAGCAAGGAUUCACAGGAAGUGUAUUAUGAGCUGGAGGAGAACAGCGGCUACAUGAAAAUGAUUCUUCACAGUCUGGCUUUUCUGCACACACUCAUCUCGCUCUGCUGUAUUAUAGGCUACUACUGUCUGAAGGUUCCUUUAGUCAUUUUUAAGCGGGAGAAGGAACUGGCUCGUAAACUGGAGUUCGAUGGGAUCUACAUCACAGAGCAACCUUCAGAAGAUGACAUUAAAGGCCAGUGGGACAGGAUGGUGAUCAACACGCCAUCGUACCCGAGUAAUUACUGGGAUAAAUUUGUGAAAAGAAAGGUGAUGGCAAAAUACGAAGAGAUGCACGGUUCGGCGCAGGUUCGAGAACUGCUGGGUUUGGAUAAAGCUGCUCUGGAUUUCAGCUCUGACACUCAGGAGAGGAAGAAACCUGUACCAAAGGGUUCCUUAUUAAACACCAUUGAUAUGAAGUACCAAAUAUGGAAGCUGGGAGUGGUUUUCACAGACAAUUCUUUCCUUUACCUGACCUGGUACGUGUUUGUGUCUGUUCUGGGCCAUUAUAACAAAUUUUUCUUCGCUGCUCAUCUAUUGGACAUCGCCAUGGGUUUUAAAACACUGCGGACGAUAUUGUCAUCUGUUACGCAUAACGGCAAGCAGCUGGCUCUGACAGUGGGACUCCUGGCUGUUGUUGUGUAUCUCUACACAGUGGUCGCCUUUAACUUCUUUCGCAAGUUUUACGACCAAAGUGAAGAAGGAGAAUCAAGGGACAUGAAAUGUGAUGAUAUGCUCACAUGUUACAUGUUCCACAUGUACGUUGGUGUGAGAGCCGGAGGAGGGAUCGGAGAUGAAAUCGAAGAUCCAGCCGGCGAUGAGUUCGAGCACUAUCGCAUCAUCUUCGACAUCACGUUCUUCUUCUUCGUCAUUGUUAUUCUUCUCGCCAUCAUUCAGGGUCUGAUCAUCGAUGCGUUUGGGGAGUUGAGAGACCAACAGGAACAGGUUAAAGAGGACAUGGAGACUAAGUGUUUUAUUUGUGGCAUUGGUAGCGAGUAUUUUGACACGGUGCCUCACGGGUUUGAGCUGCACACGCUUCAGGAGCACAACCUGGCCAACUACCUGUUCUUUCUGAUGUACCUCAUCAAUAAAGAUGUAACAGAACAUACAGGACAGGAGUCGUAUGUUUGGAAGAUGUUCCAGGAACGCUGCUGGGAAUUCUUUCCUGUUGGAGACUGUUUCCGGAAACAGUAUGGAGAUCAACUCAGUUGAAGUAUUUGAAGGAAGCGUUUUUCAGACCCCUUGCCUCUUCUGAUUUGAAUAUUGGUUUGGUGAUUUCUAUUUAUUCCACACAACUUAUUUAUUGUUAAUUGUUGCUUAUUGUUGAAUUUAAGGCAUGUUUUUGAUGUGAAGUGAGGUGUGUUUUACAAUUAGAAACCUUCAAAUAAUGUUAAUUAUGUAAAAGCAAAAAUAAUAAUAACAGUUAACCAAUAUCAUUGCAGGAAGAAUAAAGUGAUUGUUGACCUCAAAAAUAUUUUUUUAUUUCAAACCUGUAUGACUUUCUUUCUUGUGCAGAAAACAAAAGUAGAUACUUUGAAGAAACUUGUUAACCAAACAACACUGGGCCUCAUUGACCUCCAUUGUAUGUGCCAAAACAUUUCUCAUAAUAUCUUCUUUUUUGUUUUACGGGUCAUAUGCAAGUUUAAAUGAAACAAGGGUGAAUAAAUGA